AGGAAUCAUUCCUCAAUCUUUGACUCUUUUGAAGGGACUUCAAGAUUUAGAUCUCUCACACAACAACUUAUCAGGCCAAAUCCCGAAAGAUCUACAGAAUCUUUUAACAUUGCAGAGUAUGAAUUUAUCCUUCAAUAAUCUUGAGGGUGAGGUACCAACAAAAGGAAUCUUUGGAAAUGCAAGUGCAAUUUUUGUGAAUGGAAAUGAUAAGCUAUGUGGGGGAAUUGUGGAGUUGCAUCUACCUGCAUGCACAAACCAUGGAUCUACGGAAGGAGAAAAGUCCAAUGCUUUUAGAAUAGUUUUGGCGAUAAUCGGUGCGGUUCUUGGUUUUCUUUUGAUAUCUUCCUAUCUUACUCUCUAUUGGAUAAGAAGAUCAAAAAGUAGGCCUCCAUCUCCAUCAUUAAUCGGUGACCAGUUCUUAAAGCUUUCUUACAAAGAACUCUUCCAAGCUACUGGAGGAUUUUCUUCUACAAAUUUCCUAGGUUCUGGUAGUUUUGGCUCUGUAUACAAAGGGAUUAUCAACCAAGGCGAAACCAUUGUCGCAGUCAAGGUACUCAACCUUCAAAAUCCAAGAGCUUACAAGAGUUUUACGGCGGAAUGUGAAGCAUUAAGAAACAUUUGGCAUCCAAAUCUUGUCAAGAUUUUAACUGCCUGUUCAAGUCUUGAUUCAAAAGACAAAGGUUUCAAAGCCCUUGUUUAUGAGUUCAUGCCCAAUGGGAGUCUAGAUGAUUGGUUGCAUCUACCGAUGGAGGCAAAUAAUCAUUCAAGGAGUUUAGGCCUUCUUCAAAGAUUAAACAUCGCAAUUGAUGUGGCUUCUGCUUUGGAUUACCUUCAUUACCACUGUUAUGCGGCAAUUGUUCAUUGUGACUUGAAGCCAAGCAAUAUUCUACUUGACAGUGAUAUGACUGCACAUGUCAGUGAUUUUGGUUUGGCGAGACUACUUUUAGAUCAUGACGACAAUUCAAGUCAGGCUCAAACUAGUACCAUUGAGAUAAAAGGAUCUAUUGGCUAUGCUGCUCCAGAAUAUGGUAUGGGUGGAAGGGCAACUAUAGAAGGGGAUGUAUUCAGCUAUGGGAUCCUUUUAUUAGAAAUGUUCACAGGAAAAAGGCCAACAGAUCAGAUGUUUGCUGAUGACUUGAAUCUCCAUAACUUUGCAAAGGCAGCUCUACCUGUAAACAUUAUGCAAAUUUUAGAUCCAACACUCCUACCCAAGGAAGAACACGCUUACAAGAGCUUUACGGUUGAAUGCGAAGCAUUAAGAAACAUUCGGCAUCGAAAUCUUGUCAAGAUUUUAACAUCUUGUUCAAGUCUUGAUUCAAAAGGUGAAGAUUUCAAAGCCCUUGUUUAUGAGUUCAUGCCCAAUGGGAGUCUAGAUGAUUGGUUGCAUCUAUCGGUGGAGGUACAUAAUCAUUCAAGGAAUUUAAGCAUUCUUCAAAGAUUAAACAUCACAAUUGAUGUGGCUUCUGCUUUGGAUUACCUUCAUUAUAAUUGUGAUGUGCCGAUUGUUCAUUGUGACUUGAAGCCAAGCAAUGUUCUACUUGACAGUAAUAUGGUUGCACAUGUCAGUGAUUUUGGUUUGGCGAGGCUACUUUUAGAACCGGAUGACAAUUCAUCUCAGGCUCAAACUGGUACCAUUGGGAUAAAAGGAUCUAUUGGCUAUGCUGCUCCAGAAUAUGGCAUGGGUGGAAGGGCAACUAUACAAGGAGACGUGUUUAGCUAUGGGAUCCUUUUAUUGGAGAUGUUCACAGGAAAAAGGCCAACAGAUCAGAUGUUUAUUAAUGACUUAAAUCUCCAUAGCUUUACAAAGGCAGCUUUACCUGUAAAUGUGAUGCAAGUUUUAGAUCCUAUACUCCUACCCAAGGAAGAACAGAGAGAAGAAAUUGAAGAAGGUGCUAUCAAUAGACCUGAAGGCCCUAGUCAUAUGAUAGAUAAAUUGCAAGACUGCAUAACAUCAAUAAUUGAAAUUGCACUCCAAUGUUCCAUGGAAUUGCCAAGAGAACGUAUGCAGAUGAACGAUGUUGUGAGGAAACUACAUUUAAUCAAGGAAAAUUUUCUUCAAACAUGAAUCAAUCAAU